UACAAACAGUACUCCUGCGGAUGACAACAGACUCCUUUGAAAACUAUGGCAUGGAUGAAUAAGGAACUCCACAAACAUCAAUUACAAUUCACCAUGUCCAUGAAGGAGAGCAUUGAAGAAUAUCAUUUGGAAAGAGCCUCAGGAGGUAAUGUUACUAGCACACCAUCCUGCAAAGAAGAAAUGUGGACAUCUCAUGAAAUCAGUGGAGAGGAUGACUCUAACAUUAUGGGGAAAAGUAAUGUUGAUAUGGCUUCUACAAUCCCACCAUCAGUUCCAUCUCAAAUGGCAACAUCUUUGAAGGUGAUUGAACAGGAAGAAUUUGAAGAUUUUCUGCAAGAGUAUUGUAGAACCCAUAAGGAGAACAGCCCUAACGCACCUUACUUGAAAGAAGAAACCAUGGAAAUGAAAAUGGAAGAAGAAUCUGAUGCCAUGAAGUAUAAUGGAGACAUGGAUGUCUCUAGAGAUGAACACCACAUAAGUCACACUGAAAUGAAAAGGGGUGAAGAGGCUCAUCUUAAAAACAACGGAGACAUGGCCUCUACAGAUGAAUACCAAACAACUGAUACGGCUGACGAGCCAAACCUGUGUACCAUUUGUGGAAAGACCUACUCAACAAAAGCCUGUCUGUCAAUUCAUCAGAGAAUCCACACAGGGGAAAAGCCAUACCAGUGCAACAUGUGUGGUGCAGCUUUUAUCGUUAAAAGUAUUUUAACACGUCACCAGAAAGUUCAUACUGGGGUAAAGCCUCAUCAGUGUACCACUUGUGGAAAGGCAUUUGCCGAUCAGGGAACUUUGAAGAGUCACCAAAGAAUCCAUACUGGAGAAAAGCCUUACCACUGUUCUACAUGUGGAAAGGACUUCACACUGAGAACUAAACUUAUUUACCACCAGAGAACACACAGUGGAGUGAAGCCAUACCAUUGUUCUACAUGUGGAAAGGACUUUGCAUUGAGAGAUGCACUUGUUUGCCACCAGAGAACACACACUGGAGAAAAGCCAUACCCGUGUACUACAUGUGGGAAGACCUUUGCACACGGAUCUGCUUUAGUCCGUCAUCAGAGAGUUCAUUCUGGGGAGAGGCCAUUUAACUGUAGAAUGUGUGGGAAAGGGUUUAAAUGUCAAUCUGCUGUUACAAGCCACGAGGGAAUCCAUACUGGAGAAAACCUUUACCAAUGCACAACUUGUGGAAAAGGCUUUACAAAGAAAAGUAGUUUAAAAACUCAUCAGGCAAUUCACAGUGAGGAAAGGUCACACAAGUGCAGCACAUGUGGAAAGGCAUUUACUGAUCUAACAUCUUUAAAGAGUCAUAUCCAUCAAGUACAUGCAGAAAAGCUUUACCAGUGUCCCACCUGUGGAAAAUGCUUAUAUUUUGCAAGUGAGUUACUAAGCCACCAAAGAAGUCACACUGGGGAAAGGCCUUUCCAGUGUACUACAUGUGGAAAGGGCUUUGUAAGUAAUGGACAUCUCAAGAGGCAUCAGAGCGUCCACACUGGGGAAAGGCCUUACCAGUGUACUGCAUGUGGAAAGGGCUUUGCAGAUAAACAUCAUCUGAAGAGACACCAGAAAAUCCACAUGGUCCACCAAUAAUGCCAAUGUCCACUGAAGCUGAUUGUGCAUAAGGCCAAACAUUUGCUGCUAUGACCCUGGCCAAUGUACAAGAACUGUGCUAUUCCUGAACAAGACUUGCUGUACAAGUGGCUUAUACCUGUAUAUACUGUACAUACACAGGUAGGAACGCAAUCUCUCUGAAUUACCACAUACAUAUGUAGCUUUAUUCUCUGCAUAUACAAGUAUGUAUUCCCAAAAGCUAUAGUGUUACACGUAUGUAUUCCCUGAAAUUGUAGUGCAUUGUCCUUGCCUUUUAGAAAUGUGUUUUUUCCUCGUCCAUAAUGCUUCCUUUUAUGAAAUAAAGUUAUUCUGUUAUAA